ACAGGCUGCACCCCAGGGGAGGGGGCGGGACAGGCUGGAGGGACCCAGAUGCUGCUUCUCAGCCUCGGUCACCGCAGCCAGCUGGCCCCGUUCAGCAACAGCCAUGUCCAACAACAUGGCCAAGAUUGCCGAGGCCCGCAAGACGGUGGAACAGCUGAAGCUGGAGGUGAACAUCGACCGCAUGAAGGUGUCGCAGGCAGCGGCGGAACUCCUGGCUUUCUGCGAGACGCACGCAAAAGACGACCCGCUGCUGACGCCAGUACCUGCGGCAGAAAACCCCUUUCGCGACAAGCGCCUCUUUUGUGUUUUGCUCUGAGCCCUCCAGACAGCUUACCCUCCCCUGCCAAAGUAUGGAUCUAAUAAACUUGGUCACUGU